AUGACUACGGGGACCGCGCAAGAUCAAGGUCCCAAAAUCUUGGUGGUGUGCUGGAUCCUGGUCAUCGUGCCUGGCCUCAUCGUCGGCUUACGAUUCUAUUGCAAGGUGAUGCUCAGCCGAGGAUUCGGCUGGGAUGAUGCGACGAUCUUAGUAGCAUGGACUCUCCAGCUUAUCUACACGGCGAUGAUCACCCAGUCAGUCAAAUUAGGUGUGGUCGGGAAACAUGUUAACUCAAUACCAGCUCGCGAAGCCAUCCCAGAAGCUCUGAAACUGGUAUACAUCUCAUUUGUGAUCAUCAUCAUCGGCUGCGUUCUAAGUAAAACCUCGUUCGCUCUCACACUUCUACGAAUCAUAACGAAGACCUGGAUGAAAGUCUUACUAUGGUAUAUCAUUAUCUCAAUGAACGCGAUCAUGUGGCUCUGCGCCAUUUGCUAUCUGAUUCAGUGCUCACCGACUGCCGCACUGUGGGAUAUCAGAUUGAUGAAGACUGCGAAUUGUUGGCCGACUAUUGUUUUUGAAGCCAUCGCGCUUGCGGCAGGAGUUUUCCUUGUUCUUGCAUCAACUCAAAGUCGGCUAAUGUUCAAUUUUACUCUCAGCUUAUUCUGGUCUCAUGGACGUGGUUCUCGCUCUUCUUCCCUGGCCCGUGAUCUGGAAAUUGCAGAUGCGACGCCGCGAAAAGUUCGGCAUUGCGCUGGCAAUGAGCAUGGGGAUAUUGUAAGAUCUCUGCGUCGACAAAACUCAUCAAUUAACGCGGAGACUAACUCCAAACGAAGUGCAUCCAUAACAGCAUUCAUCAAGACUUCCCAACUCGUCAACGUGGCUCAUCUUCAUGAUUUUACCUGUACGCCAAAGACACACUUCCCACCCCAUACCCAGUUCCCAACAGUAUCUCUCCUCUCCGACGGACCCAGUAACGAAUCAUCACAAGACUAA